AUGGUGGCGUCGGGCGCCUCCGACCUACCUGCCAUGCGUCGGAUGGCGAUUCUGCUCAACUGCUUGGGCUUGGAAGGUCAACGUAUCUUCCAGACUCUGACGUCGGAGGACGACCCGCGCCUUUUGGCUUCGAGCGCCGCUGGAGAGACGUUGACGGCUCCUGGCCCUGAUGAGUUCGACCGCGCCAUUGUGAUCCUUGCAGACCACUACAAGAGCUCUGUCAACGUCACUGCAGCGCGUCACCGUUUCCGUCGACGUGCACAAGCCCCAGCGUUGCUGCUGGUGUCGAUCGUGAUCACUGCUUUCGUUUCUACCACCGUGCUCGGCAGCCGGGCUCUUUCGCAACCUGGUGCUCAAGCAGCGGCGUCUGUGGUGGUGUCCACUCGCCCAAACAGGAGCAGCGUCUUGAACGCGAUGCCCAACCGGAGUGCAGUCGGAGCCUGCUACUCAGCGGCGUGCGUGGAGCAAGCGCGUCUGCUGCUUCGCCAGAUAAAUUCCAGCCGCGACCCCUGCGACGACUUCUACGCGUACGUGUGCGAGGAUUGGGCGCUGACGCGGCCGCUGCCUCCAGGAUCCGAGCGGCUCUCCAUGGACACUAUUCUGGUGGACGGCUACGCCGAGCUGCUCGCCGUGGAGCUGCGCGAGAACGCCACGAAAUUCCCCGCGCUGCGCUUCCUGAUGGACAACUGCCUGCACCCUCAGCCGAACCUCUUCCCCACGCUAUGCGCCAUGUUCUUAGACGCGAUCCGGCUCAAGCCGUGGAUGGCCCGAGCGUCGUCGAGACACCGGAGACCAACGGCGACUGAAGUAUCUCGCAAGCUUGCCGUCGCCUUCCGCGUAUUGGGAGUUGACGCGCUCUUCAAGCCCUUCGUUUUCAAGGGCGGCUUAAGCGCCAAGCGCUUCGUCGGGCUUGCAGAACCAUCCACAGUGCUGAUGUCGGGCCCGCUGGAUAAGAAGGAGUACGAGAUGGUCCGAAGGGCUCUCGCGCCCCUCUUGGCCUUCUUUCAGAACGUUACGGACACAGAUCUGCUGCAAUUCGAGGAGCGCCUUGCUCUGAUGCUGAGUCAACCUCAGAUCGACGCAGAAGCGCUCGCCAACGGCAGCACUGUCAAAGUUCGCGACCUUCCUAUCUUGCCGAACCUCGAGUGGACGAGCUUCCUGCAGAGCGUCUUCGACAAAGGUCUGCGACCCAUCACUGACAAGACGUACGUAAAGUUGAGCUCGCCCGACUACAUCGUGCGUCUGACGCGCAGCGACUUACUGCAGUUUACGAGCGAGCUGCUGGGAUAUCUCGUGUUCCGUGUCAUGAUGGUGCUGUCACCGCUGCUCGAUGACCAUGACGCGCGCGACCAGCUGGCCUCGGUGAGCUACGCGCGGCACCCGGAGUUCCCUCAGGUACUGCCGCAGGCCCACUACUGCCUGCUCCUGCUCGACCGCUUCGAGCCGAACCUGCCUCUCCACCUGUCGCGCCACUUUGCCGCGUCUAUUCUUGGCGGCGAAAGCGUCGUGGCUGACAUGAUGUCGACACUUCGUGCGGUGCUCUUGGGAACGGUGCAAGCGUGGCUGAGUCUGACGAGCAACGAGUUGAGGGCGCAUCUACGGGACAAACUGAACGCCGUCUCGUGGGAGCCUCUCAGCCCACCGGAUCUGAAGACGGGCACCGUGAGGACCGCGUACGUGGACGCCAUCUAUCCGAGAAACUCGCAAAUGCCCGCGGCGCAGCUCUUUUACAACUGGAUCCGAAAGUCCCACGAGAAGAAGCUGAUGUCGCGCAUGAACCGUCCGCGCGGAGGAGAGGACGCCGCAAGCUACCCGGGCUGGACGGGUGGCUUUCUGAGCGCCGAGAGUCGCCUGGCACCGCCUUACGAUCGGCUCGAGAUACCGCUGCCCGUGUUCGACCUGUUCCUCAACGCGGACCCCGCGCUGCGGCCCUUGCAACUGGCGCGGGCUGGGCCCAAGGUGUACCGAUCGCUGCUCCGAGCCGUCUACCACUGGGCCUACAACUUCGAACACAGCUUCGCGGAGGACAAGGAAACCGGCGGCCGGAGCGCGACGGAUCGUUUCGACGCACUUCGGCUCUGCCUCGAGCGCCAGUACGCGGCGGUGGCGUGGUCCGAUCGAAGGAUGCAGCUGGAUGCGUCACGCACUUCGUGGUCCGACCUGUGGGACUACCUUGCGGUCAGACCGGCGUUGGACGCGUUUGUGCAGUUUGCUCGGCUCGUGGCGCCCGACUACCGCUUGGCGCUGCUCGAGCACUGGGAUGCUGGUCAACUCUUCUUUGUCUACUACGCGGCCAACCACUGCGAGAACAGUAAUCAGCGCUUUCUGCGCAGGAUGGCCGCUCAGGGUCCGCACAGUACCGCCUGGUUCCGCGUCAACGGGCCUCUAAGAAACGUGCCCGAGUUUGCACUGGCCUUCGACUGCAGGCCCGGUUCGUUCAUGAACCCAGUCGACAAGUGUGUCUUGCAUCAGUGA